CCCACCAACUUCUCCCACCCCAACCAUCAGCGGCGAUCAUUUCCCCUGAUUUCUUUUCCAAACGAAAGAACAAACUAAGCAGGAACAGUUUUCGUCUUUAUGCUACCGAGAGAAAGACGAUAGAAAUGGCUACCACUAUCAACACCAACACAGACCACCACUAUGACAGACUUGAAGAAAUAAAGCAGUUCGAUGAAUCCAAGAUUGGUGUCAAAGGCCUAGUUGACACCGGCCUCACCGCCAUCCCUCGCUUCUUCCACCACCCCCCUGAAAACCUACCCACCCCAAAACCCAAAACCCAAAAAUCCAAACUCUCGAUCCCCAUCAUCGACCUCUCCGGCCACCGAUCAGCGGUGGUUGAUCAAAUCCGUCACUCCUCUUCGACUCAUGGGUUCUUCCAGAUAAUCAACCACGGGAUACCCAAAAAGGUUCUGGAUCAAAUGCUUUCAUCUAUCAAGGCCUUCUUCGAAUUACCAGAGACCACUAGAAUCCAUUACUAUACUCGGGAGGCAUCCCAUGGUGUAGCCUACUCUACCAACUUUGAUCUGUACAAGUCCAAAGCUGCCAGCUGGAGGGACACACUACAGGUCCGGCUAGGCCCCACACCUCCGGAGUGGGACUAUGUUCCGGAGUUGUGCAGGGAAGCGGUAGAGGAGUGGGAUAGAGGGGUGAUAAAAUUGGGAGAGGAGUUGAUGGGAUUGUUGAGUGAGGGGUUGGGGAUGGAAAGAGAUAGGUUAAAAGAUAUGUCGUGUUUGGAUGCCAGGACUAUGGCGGCUCAUUACUAUCCAUACUGUCCACAGGCGGACUUGACGGUUGGCCUGACAUCUCAUACAGAUCCCGGGGUGUUGACAGUAGUGUUGCAGAAUGAGGUUGCGGGGUUGCAGGUGAAGUUUGGUGAGGAUUGGAUUGACGUGGACCCUGUCCCCGGUGGUCUAAUUAUCAACAUUGGUGAUAUUCUUCAGAUCAUGGCCAAUGAUGAGUACAAAAGCGUGGAGCAUCGUGUAUUGGCCAACCCCUCUCAUGAACCGCGUGUCUCAAUUGCAGUUUUCUUCAACCCUAGCAUGAGAGACAAGUUGUAUGGGCCAUUGCCGGGACUAGUGUCGCCUGAGAAACCAGCUAUGUACCAGCAAUUCAUGUUCUCAGACUUCAUGACAAGAUUCUUCACGAAGGAGUUGGAUGGCAAGACCUUGACGAAUUACUACAGAGUCUCAAGCAAGGAAGAGUCAGAACUUGAUAAACAAGAAACUAAUGAAUCAUCCGUAUGAUUUGUAUAGAAGAUACAUAUUUUGGCAUGCUCAAAAGAUUAUCAAACAAUGGCUCAUUUGAUAAGUGUAAUGCCCUUGUAAGUUCUUUAAAGGACUUCAUGGUUAGAACAAAACUCUCUUGGAAUCAGACGCAUUAAAGUUUGUGCUACUUGCCUUGAUUAUAUA